AUGUUCCCCCUGCACUUGGCCGUUCUCUUCGGGUUCUCCGACUGUUGUCGCAAGCUGCUUUCCUCAGGUCAGUUGUACAGCAUCGUGUCCUCGCUGAGCAACGAGCACGUGCUGAGCGCCGGCUUCGACAUCAACACCCCCGACAACCUGGGCAGGACCUGUCUGCACGCUGCUGCUUCCGGAGGCCCCGACAACCUGGGCAGGACCUGUCUGCACGCUGCUGCUUCCGGAGGGAACGUUGAAUGUCUGAACCUGCUGCUGAGCAGCGGCGCUGACCUGCGGAGGAGGGACAAGUUCGGGAGGACCCCCCUGCACUACGCGGCGGCCAACGGCAGCUACCAGUGCACGGUGACAUUGGUGACAGCCGGGGCCACCGUCAACGAGGCCGACGGCAAAGGCUGCACGGCGCUGCACUACGCGGCGGCCUCCGACACCUACCGCAGGGCCGAGGCGCACUCGGGAGCCAGCGAGGAGGAGCCCCUGAAGGAGUCGAGGCUGAAGGAGGCGUUCUUCUGUCUGGAAUUCCUGCUGGACAACGGUGCUGACCCUUCCCUGCGGGACAAGCAGGGCUACACCGCCGUCCACUACGCGGCUGCCUACGGCAACCGGCAGAACCUCGAGCUGCUCCUGGAAAUGUCCUUUAACUGCCUGGAGGAUGUGGAAACAGUCCUCGUCCUCCUUGGUGCCGUGGAUGAAGCGGCAGUUGAGGCGCACGCACUCCUUGUUCUGGAAGUCGUGGCAGAAGAUGAACUCGUUCUUGCGCACGCCCAGACGUUGCGCAGGAAGUCGCGGCAGAUGUCGUCGUCGGCGCCCGAGGACGCCUCGUCGCCGCUGCCGCCGCCCGGGCCGGCGUAG